AUGUCAUUGAAGCGACCUGGAGAUACUCGUUGGAGUUCACAUUACGGUACUCUUGUCAACUUGAUACAUUUAUAUUCUUCUAUUGUUGAUGUUCUUGAGUAUGUUGGGGAGAAUGGUCAUGACGAUUCAAUAAGGGCUGAAGCUGAUGAUGUGCUAGAAAUUAUAAAUAGUUUUGAGUUUGUCUUUGUGUUACAUCUUAUGAAGCAAAUCUUGGGAAACACACAUGAACUCUCCCAAGUGCUACAAAAGAAAGAUCAAGACAUCGUUAAUGCGAUGAAUCUUGUCAAGGUAGCAAAAUCACGUCUGCAAAUAAUGAGGGAAAAAGAUUGGGAUGUAUUGCUUGCUGAUGUUUCUAAGUUUUGUAGCAAAUAUGAACUGGAUGUGCUUGACAUGGAAGAUGAGUUUGUAGCUCGAAAAAAAGGAAGACGUAGAGCUGAGAAAAUGAAGAAUCUCCACUAUUAUCGAGUUGAGCCCUUUUGUUCUGUUAUUGACUUGCAAGCUCAAGAGUUGAACCAACGUUUUGAUGAAGUCAACACAGACUUAGUUUUUAUGCAUGUCAUGUUUUGA